AUGCACCAAACUGGUUUGGUAAUGCCGACUCCUCCUCGUCGGCCUUCCAACCGUGGAAGGGCGAAGUCCACGCCACACAACGGGAAGCCUGUUGAUAUUGGGCAACCAUUGGGUGUCCACGACAUAAAUUCGGUACGAGAAAAGGUUCGGCGAUGGCAGCAACAAGGUGGAGGUGUUAUUACGGAAAACGAUGUCGGCCCUGAGAGCGACAGUUCCCCGGAGUCUGGCACUGGGAAGCAGAACUCGCCAACAACUAAGAAACAUAGCAGAACGAAAGAAGGCAGCAAGAAUAAGGAGAAUAACGUUCAGCGGGCUCGAAGUAAUAGUACCCCGCGCAAGCGGGUUAUUAGCGAUGAACACUGGAGGAAGAAUAGAUCGCCCCCUGCCUCACUACCCCAAAAAGUGACACAUAAGAGGAGGACUGACGUUUUUGACCGGUAUGGGAAGUCGACAUCAACGACCAAGGAAAAGGAGAAGACAUGCGGACAUAGUGGCGGAACCAAUCCUAGUUCCAAUCCUCUACCCGGCGACGGAAUCAGAGUAUAUGCGACUUCGGUGUCCUCAUCGAGAAGGAGUGAGCGCCCAAAGUCGCGACAUACCUGCGGAUCCCAGUCUAUUGUUGAAACCGAAGUGGAGAGUUCUGUCGGUGACCAGACCUCGGCCUUUAAAAGGCAACAACAGUCACAGCCUAGGAAGAAAAAGGGUCAUGAUUACGGCGCGAGAGACGUGCAUUUACGAAAAAGGCCUGGUGAUGAUGAAUGGUCAACUGAACCCAGUGAGGUUAUCGAAUUUUCUGAACAGGAGAAUCGCUCUAGACGACAGACGCACAAGCUCCCACCAAGGACAUUACGGCCUCCUAAAGGGGGCAUUUUCAACCAUGUUAUUGAUGAAUCGAAAAAGUUUUUCGGGAAACACGAGCCCUUGUCAUCCCCGGUACCAGCUCCUCGAAACCACGGAUCUAACGUCGAAGCGUGGCUUUCAUCUACUCCUGACCCCUUUACAGAGGAUGAAGAUCUUCUGUCCAGUGCCGUUGCCUCUGGAUUCACGGUCACGGAGAAAGUCCCAUCCAAAGCGAUUAUGUGGACGACUCUGGCAGUUUCCGGUCUUUAUUGCAAGCAAAAAGUACGAAAGGGAGACGAGGGUCAAAAGGAAAUAAAAGGAACUCGAAAAGCCCGCCUUCGACAGAAGGGUGGACAGGACCUCACGACGGUAGAAUACCCCACAAUGAGCAGCUCAGUGAAAUAUCGGGAGACACCCGAGAAUCUUCGCCACCAACCUUGA